GACGUUGCCGAGGUCAACGCUGGUGCAAGCCGGCAACAUGGCGGCGGCUGGAGUCGGCCGUCUGAGGAGGGCGGUUUCCGCGCUGCUGCUCCGGAGCCCGCGCCUGCCCGCCCGAGAGCUGUCAGCCCCAGCUCGGCUCUAUCACAAGAAGGUUGUGGACCAUUACGAGAAUCCUAGGAAUGUGGGGUCCCUUGACAAAACUUCUAAAAAUGUCGGAACAGGAUUGGUGGGUGCUCCUGCAUGUGGUGACGUCAUGAAAUUGCAGAUUCAGGUGGAUGAAAAGGGGAAGAUUGUGGACGCCAGAUUUAAAACAUUCGGUUGCGGCUCCGCCAUCGCCUCCAGCUCCCUAGCCACGGAGUUAAUAAAGGGGAAGACGGUGGAGGAGGCCCUGACCAUCAAAAACACAGACAUCGCCAAGGAGCUCUGCCUUCCACCCGUGAAACUGCACUGCUCCAUGCUGGCGGAAGAUGCCAUCAAGGCCGCCCUAGCUGAUUACAAAGUGAAACAAGGAUCUAAGAAGGAAGAGCCAGGGAAGCAGUGAGCCCUGGAGAAGCCCCAGCUGAUCACAGCAGCUGCUUCCCACCACCCUUGCACCAAGCCAGAGAAGCUGUGAGAAACAGGCACUCUGCACCAUCUGCAUUGUGGCUCUAAUGCAGGCAAAUACACUAUUGAUUACGCCUAAUCCUGCACUCCUUCCAGCUCACUUGCGCCCUUAGUUAACGUCUGUUCUGAUUUAUGUUGUGGCCGGGGAGCUGAAAUCGGCACUGAAGUCGUAAGCUUUGUCAGCCUCCAGAGAGUGACAGCAAGUUUUCCCUAACCCUGUGUGGGGAGACGCCAGCAGAAUGCCUUGUUCUAGUUAUUUGAUAGAGUUUAUUACUGUAUGUUUAACAGAUCUGCAUAUAUAUUAUAAUAAAAGAAUGUAAGAUGA